GUCGGAGCAGAAUUUCCGACUGACGCAAGAGGUUCCUACGGAUUCCAAUUACCCAGCUAGUAACGUCUGAUGGGCAGCGCUAAAUAAGUGCGAGGCCUGGACUCCGUGAACGAGGACCGACUGCAUCGCCAGCAGUUGUGAAGUGGACUCACUGACCUCACAGACUCCAUUUGGGCAGUGGAGUACCGUGCUGGAGACCCUUAUCAAUCCUUGGGGUACUUGGGGCAAAUGAUAACGAUCUCACAGUAGUCUGUGCCGGAAGUCCUUGUGUCUAAUGUUUCAGGAUUGAGAAAUGUCGGAGCCUAUGAAUGAUACCUCAAGUGAGGGCCAGGUGAGCCAGGUGAUCGAAGUGGAUUCGAACCUUGAUGAUAACGAUUCUGCAUAUGAUGGAUCUGUUGGAAAUGCAAGUGACAUUGGCUCUGUGGCCUCCAAUGUAUUCAAUUACAUAUACGAGAAUGGUCGCAGAUAUCAUUCGUACCGUGAAGGGGAAUAUCUCUUGCCCAACGACGAUUUAGAACAAGAUCGGCUAGACUUGUCACACCAUAUCUACCGACUGCUUCUUGGCGGUGCUCUUCACUUAGCACCUUUAGAGAACCCACUAAGAAUUCUGGACAUCGGCACCGGGACCGGAAUCUGGGCAAUUGAUAUGGCGGACGAAUAUCCGGGGGCAGAGAUCAUCGGCAAUGAUUUGAGUCCAAUUCAACCAGCCUGGGUUCCACCCAAUUGCGUUUUCGAAAUCGACGAUUUCGAAAGGGAGUGGGAGUACAGCCGACCGUUUGACUUUAUCCAUGGUCGUGAACUGGAGGGCUUUGUAAGAGAUUACGAUCGUCUCUUUGCUCAGGCCUUGCAGCACCUCAGACCGAACGGAUGGCUUGAAAUGGCUUCUUUCCAAGUUCAAAGUUAUUCCGACGAUGGAACACAUAGGAAGGCCGAGUACCUGGAGAGGAUGAACGACGCACUUUAUGCAGCCAGUAGGGCCUUUGGAAAAGAUAUGGCCUCUAUCUCUUCAUGGAAGGCUCGGAUGAGAAAGGCCGGUUUUCAAAACGUUAGAGAAGAAACCUACAAGCUUCCUCUAAGCCCAUGGCCGAAAGAUCCCAGGUUGAAGGAAGUGGGUCACUACCACCAGAUCAAUAUGCUUUAUGCUCUUGGUGCCUAUACCUAUGCACUCUUAACCCGCGCUCUCGGCUGGAAAAAAGAGGAAAUCGAGGCUCUUUUAAUAGGCGUGCGCAAGGAAUUAAAAGACCCUAACAUCCACGUCUACAGCAAAGCCUGGUUUGUCUAUGGACAGAAGCCAGGCAACGGACCUGGAACAGUACCUUUUACCAGUUGACUUGACUCUUAAACAGUGCAUAUCUAUUUCGUUACCCUUGCUCUUCACCAACAGAGACCUCGCUUUGAUUCUUAAAAAUUCAUGCGCACCAAGAAAUGUCUGUCGUGAAUCCAGAACAUUUGCUUGUGCUCGUUCGAGCCAUGUCCGUUCAAAGGCGUCGACAGAGUGCGGUUCGAAUGGGCUACAAUUGGCACUAAACAGCCAAGUCGAACUGACAUUUACCGCCAGUAUCAACAUACGUCCUGUCCAGAUUGAUGUGUUUCACGAAACCAUCGACGCCGACAAUGGCUCUAUUAGCACCCCCCCCCCCCCCC